AGCCAGGCAGGAAGGAAGGAGAGAAAGCAAGCAAGAAAGUGAGCGAGCGGGGAGCCGGAGGGAGAACUGAAAGUUGAAGCACUCUGAAUCCCUGCGCUUCCUUCUUCUGCCUCCCCGUCCCUGUGGGCUGCUGGCUUUUGGCAGAGUCUUUAAAAAAAAAUCAGUUUGAACUGAGGAAACUUGAAGAGGUGUUUUGAGGAAACGGAUAUUUUCUGCUGGCUGGUGGACACCAAAUUCAAGAGAGUUUUCUUGCUAGUGAACAUGCACGCAACCUGACUAUUUCUACAUGACUGUGUGGGGCAAUAUAUGGAAUGAAGUCAUGUCAUCCACAGGCAAUGGCUCUGAUAUUGAAGAAUUUUUGGUCAACAUUAACCUUGCACAGUAUCUUCCUAACUUUAAAAAAUAUGGCUAUAACACAGUGACAGAUUGUGUGGGAAUCAGUAACAGCGUGCUUCAGCAAAUGGGAGUGUUGCCUACAGGGCAUCGCAGAAGGAUUCUUAAGCAGUUAGACAGUCUUUUGGAAAUUCAAGGAAAUUCUCUUUUCCAUGAAAAUUUAAAAUUCAAAGACUUGAAAGGUUUGGAAGAGAAGCAAUAUUCAUCCUCAGAUCAAGAGUAUCCUGUAAGCAAUUCAAGUGUAGAUCAGACUGGCUUGCUACCUGUAACAUCAUCAGAACAACUUCUUAAAAAAUCUUACGUCAAGAAGGAAAAGUUUGAACUUGCAGAGCAAAACUCAAUGGAGGCAAAUAAUGAUAACUUUACAAAUUUGGAUUUUUCUAGUUUAUACCAGAAUUCAAACAGCAUACAAAAAGCUGUCAGUCAAAACAGAAAUACCAACAUGAAUACUCAGCAAGAUGCCUCACUGACAGAAGCUGCUGCAUACCAAGCUGAUGAGCACUUGAUUGGCCCUUUGGUGUUCCGUGAUCCUCCUUCAUUUGUUCGUUCAUGUGAGACAAAAUGCAAGGAAAACAAACAGCAGAGGCUUGCAGAUGAGGGUGAUUUAUCUGAUAGAAAACCAGAUUCUCCAUUCUUUAAGUUUAAAGGAGAAAUGAAAGACAAUGACUUAUAUGAUUCCUGUAUGCUAAACUGCAUGAAAGUAUUUCCAAGAGCAAGCCGAUCUUUUAUCUUAAGGCAUCGACCUGUACCAGAAAUUCCUGAAUCAAGUAAAGUUCCACCUUCAUCAAGUUCCCUUCAGAGAAGAAGAAAUAUGGACCUUGUAAAUAUUUCUUGCACUGGGAGGCAAAUUUCACAAAACAAUACUUCCGUGGAAGAAAAGCCACCCAUUAUCUCUCCGUACGGGGAAACCUUUAUUUGUGACAACGCUAAAGAUGCUAAAGAACUUCAUGGAAAUGAAUUUCUGGCUUGUGAAAAUAAAUUGGAUCCAGGAAUGAAUGAAGAAUAUUCUUCUAAGAAUCUAUGUUACUUGAGUAAUCAGAAAGAGAAGACAAAAGGAAUUGCAAAAAAUGAAUCCUUGUCUCAGGAAGACCCAUCAUUAACGCCAGAAGAAUCUGAAAGUGAAUCUGUAUAUUCUACUGUGGAACAGCAUACUUUGCCUUUAAAAAAAAAGAAAAAGAAAACCAAAACACACUCAACAUCUUGCAGUAAGAUACAAAGUGGAGAUUCUGAUUUCUUGGCCAGUGAACAAAUGAAUUUUUGCCAAUUUGGUGGAGAUCAGACUUUGACUGGAAAUGAAUCAAUAACACCAUAUGCUUGCUUUUAUGGACCAUCAGUAAAGAAGGUUAAAGCAGGAUGGCUGGAUAAAUUAUCCCCUCAAGGCAAACGUGUGUUUCAGAAGCGCUGGGUUAAAUUUGAUGGAGAGAGCAUUUCUUAUUACAACAAUGAAAAGGAAGUGUUCUCAAAAGGAAUAAUACUGCUCUCUGCAAUAGCAACAGUAAGAACUCAUGGGGAGAAUAAGUUUGAAGUUGUCACAUCCCAUAGGACUUUUGUUUUCCGUGUGGAUAAGGAAGAAGAAAGAAAUGACUGGGUUAAUACGAUGCUCAAUGCCUUGAAAUUGAUGUCUGAUAAUAACUCUCAGUCUCGAACUUCUGUGACCCCUGAGAAAAGUGGAUAUCUUGAGCUGAAAGGAUACAAAACCAAAAUCUUUAUUCUACUUCAGGGGAGUACUGUAUGGAUCUGCAAAAAUGAGCAGGACUUUAAGACAGGAUUUGGUAUCACUUUAAUCCCUAUGAAUGUGGCAAAUGUUAAACAAGUGGAUCGGGCUGCAAAGCAAUCCUUUGAAAUAAUUACUCCUUAUAAAAGCUUUAGCUUUACAGCAGAGUCAGAAAGAGAGAAACAAGACUGGAUUGAAGCACUCCAGCAAUCAAUAGCAGAAACUCUAUCUGAUUAUGAAGUAGCUGAGAAGAUUUGGUUCAAUGAGUCCAACAGGAGCUGCGCUGACUGUAAAGCUCCCGGUCCCGACUGGGCAUCCAUCAAUCUCUGUGUUGUCAUUUGUAAGAAGUGUGCAGGACAACACAGAUCUUUAGGACCAAGAGAUUCAAAAGUCCGGAGUCUAAAAAUGGAUGCAAGCAUUUGGAGCAAUGAACUUAUUGAGAUCUUUAUUGUCAUUGGAAAUAAGAGGGCAAACAGUUUUUGGGCUGGAAAUCUUCCUCCAGAUGAAGAAUUGCAUAUUGAUGACCCUGCAGAAAAAAGAUUAGCAUUCAUUACACAAAAAUACAAAGAGGGAAAAUUCAGGAAAACACCUUUCCAGUACAAAACCAAGGAACAGCUGAAUAAGGCCCUGUGUGCUGCUGUAGUCAAGCAAGAUGUGCUAGAAACUCUGAUGUUGCUCUUCAGUGGGGCUGAUGCCAUGUGUGCCACUGGAGACCCUGUUAACAGCACCCCAUACUUACUGGCCAAGAAAGCUGGACAAAGGCUGCAGAUGGAAUUCCUGUAUCAUAAUAAGUUCUCAGAUUUCCCAAACUAUGAUCCUUGUUCUGAAAGUGGCUUCUCUGAAGAUUCUUCACAUUCCACCUUUCUUUGUGAAUUCUUGUACCAAGUUUCUUCUAAUGCGGCUAAGCUUCCUUCAGAGAAGAAAUUAAAAGAAGAUUGCAACAAAAGAUGGUGCACUUUGGAAAGUGGCUUUCUGAGCUACUAUGAAAAUGAUAAAACUACCACUCCUAAUGGUAUGAUUGACAUCAGUGAAGUUAUCUGUCUUGCAGGACACAAGUCAGACUUCUUUUUAAAUAGAGGGGACAUCUUUACAUUUGAAAUAUACUUACUGUCAGAACGUGUUUUUCUGUUUGGAGCUGAAACUGCACAUUCACAAAGAAAAUGGACUUCAGCAAUAGCUAAGCAUUUUGUUCCCCCGGUGGCAGAAUCAUUGUUAGAGCGAGACUGUGACCUUAUUGGGCAGCUGUACUACAAAGAUUGCCACAACCUGGAUCAGUGGAAAAAAGGCUGGUUUGCUAUAGAGAAGUCGAGCCUUUAUUUUUGUCUUGAAAUGGAGAAUGCUGAAGAAGAUUCUAUAUAUCUAAGGAGGUUGCAAGAACUAACAACCAGCAGUGUGAUGCAAAAUGGAGAGAGAAUAGAUGUCCUGCUGCUUGUUGAAAAAGGAAGAACGCUAUACAUCCAUGGCCAUACAAAGCAGGAUUUCAUGGUCUGGUAUACUGCAAUUGAAAAAGCAGCAGGUACAGAUGGUAAUGCACUACAAGAUCAGCAGCUCAGCAAAAAUGAUGUCCCUAUUAUAGUGAACAGCUGCAUAGCGUUUGUUACACAGUAUGGUUUAGGUAGCAAGCAAAUCUAUCUUAAGAAUGGUGAUUCUUCCAAUGUGGCUGAACUGCUGGAAAGCUUCAAAAAAGAUGCAAGAAGUGUUAAACUAAGAGCAGGGAAACAUCAACUUGAAGAUGUGACAGAUGUACUGAAAAGUUUUCUUUCUCAAAUAGAUGACGCACUUCUGACUAAAGAGCUUUAUCCAUUCUGGAUCUCUGCAUUAGAUACGCAGAAUGAAAAGGAGCGUGUGAGGAAGUACAGAGCUUUUAUUCAGAGUCUUCCACCAGUCAAUAGAGCAACUUUGGCUGCUUUAAUUGAACAUCUUUACAGGGUGCAGAAGUGUUCUGAAAUUAAUCAAAUGAACCCUCAGAAUUUAGCCAUGGUGUUUUCCUCGUGCUUAUUUCAAACUAAAGGCCAAACCAGUGAAGAAGUCAAUGUAAUUGAAGAUCUAAUUAAAAAUUAUGUGCAACUUUUUCAUAUAAAUGAAGACCAAGUCAAACAAAUGGACAUAGAGAACAGUUUUAUUACAAAAUGGAAAGACACUCAGGUUUCCCAGGCUGGAGAUUUGCUUAUUGAAGUUUAUGUGGAAAGAAAGGAGCCAGACUGCAGUAUUAUAAUCAGGGUAUCACCUUUGAUGGAAGCAGAGGAAUUAACUAAUGAUGUUUUAGGAAUCAAAAACAUCAUUCCCAGCAAAGAUGAUAUCUGGGCUGCUUUUGAAGUACUUGAAAAUGGAGAAUUAGAACGUCCUCUGCAUUAUACAGAGAAUGUGCUAGAACAAAUUCUUCAUUGGAGUUCACUACCAGAGCCUGGCACUGCCUAUCUAAUAAUAAAGAGAUUUCUAACAGCAGACAUGGUGAAUCUCUACAGUGAGAAAAAUGAGAAAGGUAGUGUGAAAGCAGGCAACCUGAAGUACAAGGAAGAGCCAUCAAAACUACUGUCUGGAAACAAAUUUCAAGACCGUUACAUUGUGUUACAGGAAGGAAACUUGCUUCUCUAUAAGGAUAUGAAGGCUAGCAAACCUGAAAAAGUGUUGCCUGUCAGUUCUCUGAAGCUUUAUCUUGGAGUGAAAAAGAAAAUGAAGCCACCAACAAACUGGGGACUUGCAGUAUUUUCUGAAAAACACCAGUGGUAUAUAUGUUGUGAUGGACAAGAUGUGCAGAUGGAGUGGAUGAUAAGCAUUUUUAUGGCACAGCAUGCAGAUAUAUGGCCACCUGUUGGGAAAGCAAGAAAACAAUCCAUAACUAAAAGUCCAAAGAUCAGAGGCUUACCACUUAUUCCCAUUCAACAGGAGAAGAACACUUGUAAAAUCAGAGGGAAUACAGAGAGUAUAGAACUACAAGCUGGAAAAUCAAGAUUUGGUGAACAUCAUGAUAAUGAACUUCUGGAAGAAAGAAAAAACUUGAAAGAAAAAGCAUCUAUUGUGGCACAAUGUUUGGAAAGAAAGGAGGAGAAAGGGCGAAAUCAUACUAAAACACAUCGAAGCUUGAUUUCUGAAGAUGAUGCAGGCUCAGGGAUGACUGAAUUACACCAAAUACCACAUAAGACACUGAGGAAAAAUAAAACCAAAACAAACAAAACUACUUUGGAACUAGAUAGUAAAUUGCCGUCAGAUGUGAUUCAGGAACUAAAUACAGUGCUGCAGAAGAACAGAGCACUUCAUGAAACCUCCAGCUGAUUUCCUGAGCCUGAAGUGUAAUACUUACAUGUAUAUUCUUGUGUUAUAUAUGUAUAUAUAUAUUUGUGUGUGUAUUUUCUGUUCAAAAUAGUCUGCUUUGAUGUGUCUAGUUUGUACAGUGCAGACGAAAUAAGGAAAUAUAA